CACAGUCUCGAGCUUGCCUCCGGCCCGUGUCGCCAUCUUGGAGUCGUCCCGACCAGAGGAGCAGACGGAGCUGGAAAAAACCCGCUCGUCCUCAACGCAACGCGGAUUAACGGCGGCCGGAGCCGCGGUCGUAUUUGCUCCGGUUCCGGGAUCUUCUGGACCGGGGACGGUGGUCGUGCCCGCGGCGGGGAGCCCGCUCGGUCGUCGGUUUGUCCGUGUUUGGGCCGGGCAGCGCCGCCGGACCGCCGCUCGGAGCCCAGGCGGAAUAAAAGACGGAUUAAAAGACGGAAUAACCGAUAAAGCCACCGAGUUUUUCCCGGAGCCCCGCCGGGAAUGAGCGCCCCGACGCCGGCUUGACGUCGGACCGCGAUGCGCCGAGGCUCACCGGGGAGAAGCGGGAUCGCGGAGCGGAGUGCGCUUGAUUCGUAGACCGAUGGAAGCUCGCCCUGCCCGGCUGUGCUCGGCUCGCGGCGCCGCCAGCGGCUGAUCGGGCUCCGCUCUUCCCGACUGUUCCCGGCAUGCUGCAGGGCCGCAGAGGACCGGGCCCGUCCCGCCGCGUCUAGCCCACCGGAGACCCUGCUCUGGAUCGUGGAUCGUGGAGCCCGGCAGAGGCCGGAUCUUGUGGAUCGAAGCCGUUUAGAAGAUGCUCUUCCUGCGGAGACCGUGCUGCUGCCGGCCGGAAGACGUUUGACUGGACUCCGCUGUGAAGCCGCUCCUGGACGAACCUGGACGAACCUGGAGGACCAGGUCUCGAUUUCUCUCUGCAGACAGGAUCAACCUCGGAUGGAACAUGGGGGACGCCACCAAGCUGGCCUUCGCCGUGUUCCUCAUCUCCUGCUCUUCAGGCGCCAUCCUGGGACGCUCGGAGACCAAGCAGUGCGCCUACUACAACUCCAGCUGGGAGAAGGAGCGCACCAACCGCAGCGGCAUCGAGCCCUGCUACGGCGAGAAGGACAAGCGGCGCCACUGCUUCGCCACGUGGAAGAACGUCUCCGGCGCCGUGGAGGUGGUGAAGCAGGGCUGCUGGCUGGACGACGUCAACUGCUACGACAGGUACGAGUGUUUGGAGAAGAAGGACAACCCGGACGUCUUCUUCUGCUGCUGCGAAGGCAACAUGUGCAACGAGAAGUUCCUGUACGCCCCUGAAACGCCUUCACAGGGCGACCCGCACCAUUCCACCGCCUACACCACCUCCAACCCGUGCUCCCAGAAGCCCCAGCUCUUCAACACCCUGCUCUACAUCCUGGUCCCCAUCGUGGGCCUGGCCGCCGUCGUCCUCUUCUCCUUCUGGAUGUGGAGGCAUCACAAGCUGGCCUACCCGGCGGCCCUGGUCCCCACGCAUCACGCCUUUCACAUUAUGGUGGAGGACCCCGGUCCCUCGCCCCCGUCCCCCCUGCUGGGACACAAGCCGCUGCAGCUGCUGGAGGUGAAAGCCAGGGGGCGCUUCGGCUGCGUGUGGAAGGCCCAGCUGCUGAACGAAUACGUGGCCGUGAAGAUCUUCCCCAUCCAGGACAAGCUGUCCUGGCAGAACGAGUACGAGAUCUACAGCGUGAACGGCAUGAAGCACGACAACAUCCUGCACUUCAUCGGCGUGGAGAAGAGGAACAACAACCUGGACCUGGAGCUGUGGCUCAUCACGGCCUACCACGACAAGGGCUCCCUGACAGACUACCUGAAGGCCAACGUGGUGUCCUGGAACGAGCUGUGCCACAUCGCCCAGACGGCGGCCCGCGGCCUGGCCUACCUCCACGAGGACAUCCCGGGACACAAGGACGGACACAAGCCGUCCAUCGCUCACCGAGACAUCAAGAGCAAGAACGUUCUGCUGAAGAGCAACCUGACGGCCUGCGUGGCCGACUUCGGCCUGGCGCUCAAGUUCGAGGCCGGGAAGUCGGCAGGAGACACUCACGGACAGGUGGGGACCCGUCGCUACAUGGCCCCUGAAGUCCUGGAGGGCGCCAUCAACUUCCAGCGCGACGCCUUCCUGCGUAUCGACAUGUACGCCUUCGGCCUGGUGCUGUGGGAGCUGGCGGCGCGCUGCACGGCGGCCGACGGUCCGGUGGACGAGUACAUGCUGCCGUUCGAGGAGGAGGUGGGCCAGCACCCGUCCCUGGAGGACAUGCAGGAGGUGGUCGUCCACAAGAAGCUGCGUCCCUGCUUACGGGACUGCUGGCAGAAACACCCGGGUCUGGCCAUGCUCUGCGAGACCGUGGAGGACUGCUGGGACCACGAGGCCGAGGCCCGCCUGUCCGCCGGCUGCGUGGAGGAGCGCAUCGGCCAGAUGCAGCGCCAGGCCCCCGUCGUCGGCCCCGAGGAGAUCGUCACCGUGGUCACCAUGGUGACCAACGUGGACCUCCCGCCCAAGGAGUCCAGCUUAUGAUGGGCCGGUCGGCGCAGAGAACCCGGAGAACCGGAUGGGCGCCGGGGGACGAGGCCGGCCCUGGCUGGUCGGCCCGGCGUCGCUUCUUCUUCUUCUUUGGAUUUACUUUGGUCUUUUUCCUCCGUUGUUUUUGUUUGUUUUCCUCCUUUAAGUGCGGGCCGCUACUCUGGUUUAGGAAACAGCCUUCGGCCGCCCCCGCCCGCCUCCACCCGCCCCCGAACGGCCCCACCCACCCCCACAUCCCCCACCUGCCCCCGACAUCCGCCUCAUCUUCAUAUGCGUGCCUGAGGAUCGGAGACUUCAUCCGAGUGUUCAGGACAUCCGAGUGUUCAGUGACAGAGCUGGAGUACACACACACACACACACACACACACACACACACACACACACGCACACGCGCAGGAAGCCGAUGUGUGCUGCUGGAUCUCCACGGCGGAGGGAGGGGCUCCAGCAGCGGCUCUCCGAACCUUUGCUGUCUUUUUGAAGAGACGACUAUCGUUCUGCCGAUGAGCAGACGGCUCCUGAAUGUCGAUGGUGUCUUGCUGCUGUACAUAGUGUAUUAAGGACCCAGGACCCAGACCACUUGGUAAUCAAGCUUAUUUUAAAAGGGGGGGAGGGGAGGGUGGAGGGGGGUCCAUUUUCAAGCAUUACGACGAUAAAAAAAACCAUAAACCUCCUUCAACCAGGUAUACCUCAGUUCAGACGGACGGUUUAAAUGAGUCCCUCUCCUGUUCACGGUUCCUCGUCCCCCCUCCCCCCCGAUCUCCUCUUCUUCGGUUCCGAUCUGGUCUUGGAUGGUGAACUUCCUCCCUCCUCUCCUGGUUUUUCUCUCGGGGGUCUCCGGAUCGGGGGACCGAAGCGGUGGUUUCAGGUGAUUUAGCUCUUUGGUUUGCAGUGUCAGCCGUCGGCGGAGGAACCAGGAGCCUCGCCUCACCUCGCCGAGCUUCGCUCCGGGGGGUUCGGACAUUCAGAGUACGGGGUGAUUUACCCACAACCACCAUGUCAAACUCUUGGAACAGAUCCUUUCUUUUGAUAUUUGGUGAAAUCCGUUCUGUGUUGUGAUGAUUCUAUUUAGGAAAAAGAACAAAUUGCGUGGGCCGCCGUGUUGCCCUGGGCGGGGCUUCAGACUGGGUGCACUGGGCUUCAUGUUGGACCUGCACCUGGAUUUAGCUGAGCCAGCUUGCUUUCCAUUUGAUUUUCCACAGAUUUUCAUUUCUUCUGCUCUCUUUUGAUACACCUCAGGAAUCUUUGCUACUCACCACACCUCCCCCCCUCCCCCAGCAGCUCCCCUCCCCCGCCUCGUCUUGCCCGGUCAGGGUUCGGCCGCCGUCCGCUCGCUCGCGGAAAGGUCUCACAGCUGCUCUGCUGGGAAGUGAAACGUUUCCUCAAACUCCAGAAAGUCAGUUUUCCCCUUUCUGUCCGAUGUGUUUCCACCACUGGAUGUAACUUGAGUGUAGUUAGUGGACAGAAGAGCAGCUGUCUUUCUGACGGCCUGACUGACCGACGAUUCGACGGACUGACGGUCUGAGGUACUGAUAGUCCGACAGAGCGAUGGAUGGAUAGAUUGAUGGUCUGACGUACUGACGGCCUGAUUGAACGACGGUCUGACGUACCGAUGUACUAACGGUCUGAUGGCCUGACGUACCGAUGUACCCAUGGCCUGAUAGGUCGACGAUCUGACGUACCGAUGGACGGACAGUUUGAUAGAACAAUGGUCAGAAAGAACGACGGCCUGAUGUACCAACGGCCUGACGUACCAACGGCCUGACGUAUCGACGUACCCAUGCCCUGAUAGAACGAUGGUCUGACACGCCGACAGCCUGACGUACUGACGAUCAGACAUACCGACGGCACCGACUUACCCAUGCUCUGGUAGAACGAUGGUCUGACAUGCCGACAGCCUGACGUACCAAUGAUCUGACGUACCGACGGUCAGACAUACCGAUGGCCUGACGUACCAACGAUCUGAUGUACCGACGGUCAGACAUACCGACGGCCUGACGUACCGACGGUCUGAGGUACCGACAGAGCGACGGUCCUGCCGACUCCUCGGGCUGAGGCGAGCGGCGCUCCCCUUUCUUUCAUCCUGGUGCCAUUUCUACGGAUCCACAUUAGUUCCUCUUGUAGAUGUCAGGCAAAACGGAUGUAUCUGUCACUGUUGUGGAAGCAACAGGGACAUUUUUUUGAGUCUUUCUUUCCUCUGAGGGACAUUGAACACUGGUGCCGGCAGACCUGCAGUCUCUCCUCAAGCUUCGGGACGGCUUCACAGAACAGUUUCAAAUCAAGCCCCAACAGGAAGCAUGAGGAAACUUCAGCCUCCCGUCUUCAUGGCGGUGGAGGAGCAAACGGAAACCGUCAACACCGUCUCAUUAGAUUAAAUAUUGUCAGUUUGGCCAACACUAAAAGAAAGCUUUCAUUGGCAGAAAGGCUUGAAACGCAGCGGCAGGUUAUUGAUCUCUGACCAUGAAAGCGGUUUAGCUGGACGGAGUCUUGACGCUGCUGGAGCCGUUACCCAGAGUCCACUGUUGAACGGAGGUAGAUGCUGAAGGAAGAACGGGACUGUGGCGCGUUUCUGUCCGCUAGCCUAGCUAACGCGUCGCCAUCGCUUCAGCAAACGGGAAGUAGAAGCCAUCAUCUCACUGAACGUAUUGUAGCACGAGCUCAAUAGUCACUCGGACCCUGCUUCUGGACGCCGCUGCCGACCCGCCUCCUGAUCGGGAUCGAAGCCCGGCGGCGCUACCUCACUCGCAGGGACUCUCCAAACCCACCAGACUCCCGGUUCCUCCGGCAGAACCCUGCUCCACGCGACGUACGGAAUCCAGCAGAAGUUUCCUCAUGUGAAGAGCUCUCCCCCCGGACGCGGCGUUCGGUUGAACGGUGUCCUUUUCCCGGCGGCGCCGGAGGACCGGCGCUCGGCUUGAAUUCAAACUGCUCUCAGAAUCCGGUCCGAACCAGCAAACACCAUUCAGGGAUUCAGUACUAUGCUUUUCUAAGUUCUAGCGAGUGAUAUGCAACCAGUGCCGCAAACUACCCUACACCUCUGUAGGACCAGCUGCAGGAGUGACUUUCAACCCACACACACACACACGCACGCACACACACACACACAGAAACACACAAAUAACUUGUAGCAUUGUUUUUUUGUUUCUUUUUUUUAAUCCGUGACCUUGCAUAUUGAUAUGUUCUGUAUUUAUUUUUUAAUUUACUGGCCUGAGGUUUUGGGGAUCAGAGCUCAGGUGCCACUCGGACUGAACAGUCGGCACCGUUUAUGGUUGUUGUUGUUGUUCUUGUUGUCGUUGUGGGUGGGGGAGGGGGGGUGUUCAGUUGUAAUUCAGGAAAUACUUUAAUUCAAAAGAAAACAGAUAUAAACUGUAACAUGCUUCUUUCUAUUCAGUCUUUGGACAAAAAUGACCGAGAAUGAAUGUCCUCCAGACUCCUGGACCCAGUAUUUGUCCCGUGGUGGAUUGGUGAGCCCGGCCCCGUGUACCGCUAGAGGGCUUUGCGUCUGGCUGCUUUGGUGUGAUCGUUCCCCGUCCCGGCGGGAGCCGCGCCGUGGCGCCGGUGGACGUCCAUCCCGCCGCCUCCCUCCUGCUCCAACCAAAACACAAACCUCCUCCACCUUCAGUCCAUCCCGGUCCCCCUCCAGACCUCCGGCUUCCGGCUGCCAAACCAAAUCCUGGUUCCCUCAGGUCCAGUGAAGCGGGGCGGAGGGGGGCUGAGGAGUGUUUCCUUUCACUCCAAUUCCAGUUCCAAUCAGGAUUGGUUUCAUUAAAGAGAUUUGCUUCAUGAGAACCCGGAUCCUCAAUCCAGAGGAUUUCCUGAUGGGAUCGGCUCAUCAAUGGUCUGAUUGGUUUCAGGGCAGAUCUCUGGAUCUGGUUCCUGGUCGGAGCGGUUCUCUGCCCUGGGAUGGAUCUCCACCGCGGGCCGGCUGUCCGUCUCCCUCGGGCGACCCCCUCCAGCCCAGCACCUCCCCCUGCUGUGCUUACGAACCCCUCCGUUUGUACCAUUUGUGUCUUGUUGCCCCCCUAUUUUAAGCAGUCUAGGAUCUGUACAGACAUAAACCCUGUAUCAACUAUAUACUCUGAGCUGAAUCUUUAUAAGUGCGUGUUGAACUUCAGUGUUUCCUCUACAUUCAUUUAUACUUUUCUGGUGUUUCCACUCCGAAGCGAGGCGACGAGCCUCCACCAGAAACAACCUCGAGUUGUCUGAAAGCGAGCGGCUCCUUGGAGUCCUAAAGAAAGCACUUCAGGUUCCUCAGCAGAAGAAAACCAGCCCCCGGUGUACCGCAGGGAGCCCGCCUGGGGCCCCUGCUGUACAUCGAGGGGGCCCCUGGCCUCAGGGAGCGCCUGCAGGGCCCUGCUGGAGCUCUGAGUGCAGUUGCAAUACUGGUCUUGUGAGAACACCACCCUCCGCUGCAGGUGCUCCGUUCCAGCAUCCCCCCCACCCCACCCCCCCUGCCCCCCCGGCCGUCGGUCCGGGUUUUUCCAGGAGGCAUCGACUCCACUGACCUCGCCGCAGGACGAUCAUCUCCUCUGGACGCUCCGUUGGGUUGCCAGGUGUGAAAUUUGUAAAAAAAAAAAAAAUGGAAAAAGACAAAAACACUACAAGCGACCCCACAUUUCUGGAGGCUCUGGAGUGGCGGCGCUGAUCCAGGACCUGCUGGCUCUGCUGACCCCGACCACCAGGGCGGCGCUCUGCAGAGCUCCGAGACUGGACAUGAGAAAGUAAGGUGGAGUACAAACGGCCGCCUGACCUCUGACCUCCGUCAGGUGACCGGAGGACCGGCAGGGAAGCGCCGCCGCCCAGCAGACCCAGAGCCCCGAUCAGCGCCGCCACUCGCUUUUUAUCAGCUGAAGUUGAUCCACGUGAUGUAAAUAAAUGUUUUUAGAUUGUGA